AGACGAUGACAAGCGAAAACAAUAAUAAAAUAAAAUAAAACAAAACAAUGAUGAGAUAAAAAGAAAAGAAAAGAAAAAAUAAAAAAUCCAAAGGUCUCAGACCGUGAGAUCCCCAAAAUCCAAACGCCAGACGCACAGAGAGCACCGGAAAUUCCACCUGGAUUGGACUAACAAUGCCAGUAUUUAAAACCCCGUUCAACGGCUACUCCGUCAAGUUCAGCCCCUUCUACGAGUCUCGGCUCGCCGUUGCUACCUCCCAAAAUUUCGGCAUCCUCGGCAAUGGCAGCCUCCCCGUUUUCGACCCCCCCCCAGUCUUGUGCGACGCCGCAUGGUCCGAGUCCCACGCCUCCCUCCUAGUCGCCGCCAUCGCCGACGGCUCCGUCAAGCUCUACGACGUCGCUCUGCCCCCCGCCUCCAACCCCCUCCGCUCCCUCCAUGAGCACACGCGCGAGGUCAGCUCCGCGGACUACAAAAACACCCGCCGCGCCCCCCUCCUCCCCGCCUCCCGGGCCCACACCCCCGCCGUCCGGCACCCUCGCCCCGCCGACGUAUUCGCCUCCGCCUCCGGCGACUGCACCCUACGCGUCUGGGACGUGCGUGAGCCUGGCUCCACCAUGAUCAUCCCCGCUCACGAGCUCGAGAUCCUCGCGUGCGAUUGGAACAAGUACGACGACUGCUGCAUCGCCACGGCCUCCGUCGACAAGUCUAUCAAAGUUUGGGACGUGAGGAGCAUUAGGGUUCCGAUCUCGGUGCUCAAUGGCCACAGCUACGCGGUGAGGAAAAUCAAGUUCUCGCCGCACAGGCAGAGCUUGAUGAUGUCGUGCUCAUACGACAUGUCGGUUUGCUUGUGGGAUUAUAUGGUGGAGGACGCGCUGGUAGCUCGGUACGACCAUCACACCGAGUUCGCGGUUGGUGUGGAUAUGAGUGUUCUUGUGGAGGGGCUUCUGGCAAGUACUGGCUGGGAUGAGCUUGCGUACGUUUGGCAGCACGGGACCGACCCCAGAGCGCCUUAAAAGGGUAGUUUCUGAUUUUCUUGUGAUAGUUUUUGAAUUGUGAAUUUUGUGAUUGCUCCAAUGCUGCUGUUACUGAAUCAUAAUCCCUUUGAUCUUGUACAGAAGAUUUAAUAAACAAGAAGCUUUCUCUUUUUGUU